AUGGUGUUUUCUGCUAUGUUUUCUCCUACUCUCAACCUUGCCAUAUCUUCAACUACCAACUGUUGUAGCAGAAAAAGAGAAUCAAGCAGAGGGUUGAAAAAUAUGAGAGUGAGAGCUAGCUCAACAGAGAAAGAUGAAGAUGAGAAAUCUUCGUUCAAUCCUUUUGGAUUUGUUACUGAUAAUGCAUCAAGCCGUAGUGCCAUUCAAUUGCCUCAAACUCCUGCUGAUGAUGGCAACGUUGGACAAAUGAUUGAUAAAAUACAAGACAAGGGCAAGGAAUUCGGGUCAUAUGUGAAAUCCGGGAAGUUGAGAUGGUUUGUGAGGGAAACUGGAUCAGUAAAAAGCAGAAGAGGAACAAUUGUUUUCCUUCACGGUGCCCCAACACAAUCUUUUAGCUACCGAGUCGUUAUGUCUCAGUUGGCAGAUGCAGGGUUCCAUUGCUUUGCACCUGAUUGGAUAGGAUUUGGUUUCAGUGAUAAACCGCAACCAGGAUAUGGUUUUAAUUACACAGAAAAGGAGUUCCAUGAUGCAUUGGAUAAACUUCUUGAAGCGUUGAAGGUCGAAGCUCCGUUUUUCCUAGUUGUCCAGGGAUUUCUUGUAGGUUCAUAUGGACUAACGUGGGCCUUGAAGAACUCAAACAAGAUAUCAAAGCUUGCAAUACUAAACACUCCAUUAACAGUUUCAUCUCCCAUUCCUGGAUUAUUUCAGCAGCUAAGAUUUCCUCUAUAUGGUGAAUUUCAAUGCCAGAAUGCCAUUAUUGCCGAACGGUUUAUUGAAGCAGGUAGCCCUUAUGUUCUGAAAAAUGAAAAGGCUGAUGUUUACCGGCUACCUUAUUUGGCAAGCAGUGGACCUGGAUUUGCUCUACUUGAAGCUGCAAGAAAAGCUAAUUUCAAAGCUACUUUCAAUGAAAUAGCAGAAGGAUUUGCAACUAACAGAUGGGAUAAACCGGUGAUGCUUGCUUGGGGAUUAUCCGACAAGUACUUGCCGCAAUCUAUAGCAGAGGAGUUUCAGAAAGGAAAUCCUCAAAACAUCAAGCUUAAAUUGAUAGAAGGAGCUGGUCAUAUGCCACAAGAGGAUUGGCCUGAGAAAGUUGUUGAUGCUUUCAGAAUGUUCUUUUGA